AUGCCUACACCAACUGAAGAAAACUGGAAAUUAAUAGCUCAACGCUUCUAUUCACUCUGGAAUUUACCAAACUGUUUGGGUGCAUUGGACGGUAAGCACAUACGAAUCGAAAAACUACCAGGCAGUGGAUCAAGUAAUUUCAAUUACAAAAUGUAUCAUUCAAUAGUAUUAUUGGCAUGUAGUGAUGCAGAUGGUUUUUUCACUACUAUCGAAACUGGUUAUGCUGGUAGAAAUAGUGAUAGCGGAAUAUUUCGAGCAUCAACAAUUAAGAAGUGGAUUACAACUGGAAGAUUAAAUAUACCAUUUCCUUCAAAAUUAAUAGAUGAUUUAAAUGAUUAUAAUUUUCCUUUCUACUUUGUCGGCGACGAAGCCUUUCCAUUGACACCAUAUUUGUUGCGACCAUACCCACAGAGAACUCUUGAUAAUGUCAAAAGAAUUUUUAACUACAGACUAAGCCGAGGUAGGAAAACUGUGGAAUGUGCUUUUGGAAUGAUGACCGAAAAGUUUCAAGUUUUAAGCAGUGCAAUUCGCACCCGUAAUACAGAAAGAGUGACUGAUAUUAUAAAAUCUGUGUGCAUUCUUCACAAUUUCAUUCGCAAAAAAGAAGGAGUUAAAUAUACACCAUAUGAACAAGUUGAAAACAUUCAAGAUAGCAUCGAUAGUACAACGGUAUUACCAAUUCAAGAUCUUGUGUUACGUGAUCGUGCUUCCGCUCAUGAAGUUAGAAAUUAUUUAGCAAAUUACUUUCUCACUCCCCGAGCCUCUAUUCCAUGGCAGUGGAACUAUUGUGUUUAA